GCGAACGAUAGUAAUCGAUAGUUUGAUUGCUUGACAUCUCUAAAGAGCGGCACUGGUUACGAGCUGAACGACAGAUUCCAUAGUAUUCUUUAUUUUCGCCACACUCCAACUCAAUUAAAGAACAGAAUGUCGUUCGUGAAAAAUGCUCGUCUGCUGGCCGCGCGCGGCUCACGCCUGGCCCAAAAACGCUCCUAUUCGGACGACAUGAAGCUGACCUUCGCUGCUGCCAACCAGACGUUCUAUGAUGCGGCAGUUGUGCGCCAGAUCGAUGUGCCCUCGUUCAGCGGCUCCUUCGGUAUUCUGGCCAAGCAUGUGCCCACACUUGCUGUGCUGAAGCCCGGCGUUGUCCAGGUCAUCGAUAAUGAGGGCAAACUGACAAAGUAUUUUGUGUCCAGCGGCUCGGUAACUGUCAACGAGGACUCCUCCGUGCAGGUGCUCGCCGAGGAGGCGCACAAUGUGGCCGACAUUGAUGUCUCCGAGGCCAGACAGCUGCUCUCCAAAUAUCAGUCGGCACUCAGCUCCGCCGGCAGCGACAAGGCAAAGGCGGAAGCUGCCAUCGCUGUGGAAGUUGCUGAAGCGCUCGUCAAAGCUGCCGAAUAAUGAUCCAAAAAAUAAGAAAUAUACAAAAACCAUAAAUACCAACUAUCAUCAUAACAACCGUUACAACAACAACAACAACCGCAACAACAACCACAACAAGAUUUAACAAUUGUGUGUAAAAUGAUUAAGUCAUAACAAAUUUGAAAUCAUUUGUUAUGAAACAAUAAAACAAAAAGCGAA